AUGAAGGCGGCGGCUCUGGCGGUGGUGGCCUUGCUCCCUGCAGCGUUUGGAUGGACCGACAGGUGGGACCACUCCAAGCGCUUCAACGCUGCUGGUCAUGCACAGCUCGACUGCGACGGCGAGAGUCAGACUGCAUCGUGCUGUAUCUGCAAGUCGAUUGUGUUUGAGAUCGAAACGCAACUGAACAACACACAGAAUGAUCAUGACAUGGACGUCGUCUUCCGUGUUAGCGAGAAGAAGAAGCAGAUCAAGUACUCCCGCAGUGAGGCUCGCAUUUUGGAGGUUCUAGAUGAUGUUUGCGAGCAGGUGCCGCUGGAGCUUCCGGACAACAACCGCAAGGCCAAGCGAAUGUUGAAUGCUGCGUGCAGCCACUUUGUUGGUGAGUACGAGGACGAGCUGACGCGUACAUUCUUCGACGACUUUACUCCGGCUAAAGAGCGCAUGUGUGCUGCAACGUUGCAAGUAAGUCCACUGCGCAGGAUCUAA